CGCGUUCAUUCACAUAGCUCCCAGUUUUAACAUUUCGCCACCUACUGAAGACAUCAUUUGGGGCCAAGCUGAUGAGCCCUUGAAGCAGAGCAGAUAGGAGUUUUACUGUUGAUCAUCUUUGCCUGGGAAGGUGAAUGAUAAAGCCAGAAGAAAGCAUGCUUUCUGAUCAUUUGCAGCUGUCUGCUUCAGAAAGUGAGGGCUCCAGGAAUGAGGAGAAUCUUCAAGUGCUGCCUCACAUUGUGACAUGUCUGAUCCCUUGCUCCCAUCCCUGCAGCAUGAACAAGGUGGACACUCACUGACCUGUCAAAAGGUUGCCCCACAAAACUUUGGGGUCCAUGUCUGAAUGGAUUGCCGGAGCCUUCUCAUCUCUCCCUUCGCCCAGUUCCCUGCAUCCUAAGACUCGAAGCCAGCACAGGACCUGGAAAAAUUACAUGGUGUGAACGGCAUGUCUGUGGAUGAGAAGCCUGACUCCCCCAUGUAUGUAUAUGAGUCCACAGUCCACUGCACCAACAUCCUCCUGGGCCUCAAUGACCAGCGGAAAAAGGAUAUUCUCUGUGACGUGACUUUGAUCGUGGAAAGGAAGGAGUUCCGGGCCCACCGGGCUGUGCUGGCCGCAUGCAGUGAAUACUUUUGGCAGGCGCUGGUCGGACAGACAAAAAAUGACUUGGUGGUCAGCUUACCUGAGGAGGUCACGGCCAGGGGCUUUGGGCCGCUGUUACAGUUUGCCUACACUGCCAAGCUGUUACUCAGCAGAGAAAACAUCCGCGAGGUCAUCCGCUGUGCUGAGUUCCUGCGCAUGCACAACCUGGAGGACUCCUGCUUCAGUUUCCUGCAGACCCAGCUCCUGAACAGUGAGGAUGGCCUGUUUGUGUGCCGGAAGGAUGCUGCAUGCCAGCGCCCGCACGAGGACUGUGAGAACUCUGCAGGAGAGGAGGAGGAUGAAGAGGAGGAGACGAUGGAUUCAGAGACGGCCAAGAUGGCUUGCCCCAGGGACCAGAUGCUUCCAGAGCCCAUCAGCUUUGAGGCCGCCGCCAUCCCCGUAGCAGAGAAGGAAGAAGCCCUGCUGCCCGAGCCCGACGUGCCCACGGACACCAAGGAGAGCUCAGAAAAGGACGCGUUAACGCAGUACCCCAGAUACAAGAAAUACCAGCUUGCAUGUACCAAGAAUGUCUAUAAUGCAUCAUCACACAGUACCUCAGGUUUUGCAAGCACAUUCCGGGAAGAAAACUCUAGCAACAGCCUCAAGCCAGGGCUUGCCAGGGGGCAGAUUAAAAGUGAGCCGCCCAGUGAAGAGAAUGAGGAAGAGAGCAUCACACUCUGCCUGUCUGGAGAUGAGCCUGACGCCAAGGACAGAGCGGGGGAUGUCGAGAUGGACCGGAAACAGCCCAGCCCUGCCCCUACCCCCAUGGCCCCAGCUGGGGCCGCCUGCCUGGAGAGAUCCAGGAGCGUGGCCUCGCCCUCCUGCUUAAGGUCUCUGUUCAGCAUAACGAAAAGUGUGGAGCUGUCUGGCCUGCCCAGUACAUCUCAGCAGCACUUUGCCAGGAGUCCAGCGUGCCCUUUUGACAAGGGGAUCACUCAGGGUGACCUUAAAACUGACUACACCCCUUUCACAGGGAAUUAUGGACAGCCCCACGUGGGCCAGAAGGAGGUGUCCAAUUUCACCAUGGGGUCGCCCCUCAGGGGGCCUGGGUUGGAGGCUCUCUGUAAACAGGAGGGAGAGCUGGACCGGAGGAGCGUGAUCUUCUCCUCCAGCGCUUGUGACCAAGUGAGCACCUCGGUGCAUUCUUAUUCUGGGGUGAGCAGUUUGGACAAAGACCUCUCUGAGCCGGUGCCAAAGGGUCUGUGGGUGGGAGCUGGCCAGUCCCUCCCCAGCUCACAGGCCUACUCCCACGGUGGGCUGAUGGCCGACCACUUGCCAGGAAGGAUGCGGCCCAACACCAGCUGCCCGGUGCCAAUCAAAGUCUGCCCUCGCUCACCCCCCUUGGAGACCAGGACCAGGACUUCCAGCUCCUGCUCCUCCUAUUCCUAUGCGGAGGACGGGAGCGGGGGCUCGCCCUGCAGCCUCCCUCUCUGUGAGUUCUCCUCCUCGCCCUGUUCCCAGGGAGCCAGAUUCCUUGCCACAGAACAUCAGGAACCAGGCCUGAUGGGAGACGGAAUGUACAACCAAGUGCGGCCCCAGAUUAAAUGUGAGCAGUCUUACGGAACCAACUCCAGUGACGAAUCCGGAUCGUUCUCGGAAGCAGACAGUGAGUCGUGUCCUGUGCAGGACAGGGGCCAGGAGGUAAAACUUCCUUUUCCUGUAGAUCAAAUCACAGAUCUUCCAAGGAACGAUUUCCAGAUGAUGAUUAAGAUGCACAAGCUAACCUCAGAACAGUUAGAGUUCAUUCAUGAUGUCCGACGGCGCAGCAAGAACCGCAUCGCGGCCCAGCGCUGCCGCAAGAGGAAACUGGACUGUAUUCAGAAUUUAGAAUGUGAAAUCCGCAAAUUGGUGUGUGAGAAAGAGAAACUGUUGUCAGAGAGGAAUCAACUGAAAGCAUGCAUGGGGGAACUGUUGGACAACUUCUCCUGCCUUUCCCAGGAAGUCUGCCGAGACAUCCAGAGUCCCGAGCAGAUCCAGGCCCUGCAUCGGUAUUGCCCUGUCCUCAGACCCAUGGACCUGCCCACAGCCUCCAGUAUUAACCCUGCGCCCUUGGGUGUUGAGCAGAACAUUGCAGCCUCCCAAUGCGCAGUGGGGGAAAAUGUGCCCUGCUGCUUGGAGCCAGGCGCAGCUCCCCCCGGACCCCCCUGGGCACCCAGCAACACCUCCGAGAAUUGUACCUCUGGGAGGAGGCUAGAAGGCACUGACCCCGGAACCUUCUCAGAGAGAGGAGGACCUCCUCUUGAACCCAGGAGCCAAACAGUGACCGUGGACUUCUGCCAGGAAAUGACUGAUAAAUGUACAACUGACGAACAGCCCAGGAAAGAUUACACCUAGUGACUCGGCUCUGCCUCCCGGUCUGCACACCUCUCUCAUCCAGGCAUUCUUCAGUCAGCCUGUGGCACUGUUCAUCUGCUGUCCCGAAGAAACCGAGAACACAUUUGGUGCACACUACAGCGGUCUUAGCAGCAAUACUGUUCCGAAGUAGUCUCUCCUCUUCUCGAGCAGGAGUGAUAGAUAGUUACCUUCACAAUGGUGCUACCCCUUGCCCAGGCAAGGAAAGACAGCAGUGAUGACACUGUCUGUCUGUGGCUCAAUUUCAGUCUUCACAGGGAUAGACUACAACACCUCUAGGCCCCAACCACGGAUUUUUUUUCUCAGUGGCCCAUGUCACAAACCCUAUCUCAGGAAUUUCUUCUGAAUGUUCAAUUUUUUUCAUUGAAGACAGCUUCUAUACACAUCAAAGUUUUAUAGCUAGACUGUACAUAUUAUAUAUAAUAUAUAUAUAAAAUAUAUAUAUAUAUCCAUAUGCAAAAGUCCUGCAUGCCUCAACUUUCUCAUCCUAAAACUGGAAACUUAUUUCUCAUUUAGAAACAGGUUCCAACAUUCCUCUUCUUUUGUCUCUGAUGCUAGAACUAGUUUGGUAACUGUUAACAUGGUCAUUUUUCUUGCUUCACAGUUCAAUUUUCAAUUUGUGCUUAUUUAUGGACAAAAUUCAGUGUUGGAAGCUUUUUCCCAAGGUUUUAGUUCAGAUUUCUUUUUCAUUUGGUUUGGUUUUGGCACCGCCACGUGGUGUCAUUUGAGUAUUGUGGGUUUGUUUUUUGUUUGUUGGGGGGGGGGGGUUUGUUUGUUUUUGGUUUUUUUGUUUUUUUCCUUGCAGAUACUGUACAGUGAUGGUCAACUUUGCCACUUGCACUGAGUUUUGGGUCAAACCUAUUUUCUUAAAUGAAGUUGUAACUUCAGUAUAACUCAAGUAUACUGUAUGUUCUUUGCUUUUAGUUUAAAAAGUAAAACAUUUUAGCUAAUUAAAAAGCACUCAGGUGAUAAUUAUGUAGGAAAAACAAUCUUGCCAAAUAAUGAAUUCAUCCUAGGAUGUGUAGACAAUAAUCUGCUUGAAUAUUUUUAUAUUUCACCUCCUCCCCACCUUUCCCUAAGCAAAGUUUAAAUGCAGAUAGAGAGUUCAGAGUUGAUGCUGGAUGUUCAGAUUCCUACGUGGGGAGAGAGUUUGGACAUCUCACUCAAAAGUACAUCAGAAAAACAGGAAUCCAUGAUUUUAUACCAGAACUCAGCAGGCAUUGGCUCCUAGAAAUCAAGCUAGAACGUUUUCACCCAGGGAGUAAGUCCCAUUCAUUUCAACACGUCCUGAGGCCUCGGCUUGCUCUGGAACUGUUGUGCUGUAGGACCUGCCCCCCUGAAGGACGGGGCCAACCAGCCACCGGCUUUCCUGCCCAGGCUCGGCCUCCCAGGACAUCUGGCCUGAGGGGAUUUGAAUCACAGCCCCGAAGGUCCUGCCUUCACCCUGUUGGGAGAGAGCAGGGCAUCCUGGCAUCUGCGAUCCAUCCCUGACACAGGCUGACACAUUCUUUCUCCUUUCCUUCUCCAAAGGCUUGGAGUUGUCUUCUGAGGUUUUUCUGCCAGUCUCUUGUCUGAAGGCAGACUUCAUUCUGAGGCUUUGGACAAGCUAUCACCGGGAGCCCUCCCUGUCCCCUUCCCGAAUCACACAUAUACCCUACCCUCACCUGAUGAUAAUUUUCUCUUCUUGCUGCAAAACUGGUUGACUUGCAACCCAGAGAGAGCAGCUUCCCUUGGCUCUGGGGGCGUGUUGGCCCCAGCCACGUUUACAGGAAGGUGUGCCCCAGAGGAGGAGGAAUCAGCUCCCUCGCUCCAGUGGCCUUGGGUCUGGGUCUCACUGAGCAGCCCGAGGGCCACUCCAGCCCGGCUGGGGAAGAGAGUCCUGAACAGUUUGAUGUGGGGACGGGGUGGUGGGCAGUGGGGAAUAGAUGGUUGACUUUGUUUCUUUCUUUGUGCCAUUGUUUGGACAAUAUUAAAGCUGCAUGUAAAAGGGGAAAUUAGUAUACGAUGUAGGCGAACAGUGAAAUCAUAGUAACAUAUGUUUUAGUAUUAUUAACUUUUUUCUGUACAAAUAUUAGCACUAAAUGUUUAAAUAUGUAUGAAUGCCAGAAAUUUGUCAGUUCAUGCAGUAGGAUAAAAAAAAAAAAAAAGGCUCUUUUUAAACAGUUCCACUUUUAAAACCUGCCUCUGGGUUUUUGUUUUUUCUCGUGUGUGUGUGUGUGUGUGUUUGUGUGUGUGCGUGUGUGUGUGCUUGUCUGAAACAGAUCUUGAUAAAGCUCUGUGUUGGAGCUGCUGGUUUUUGUUAUGGUUGUUGGAAUUUCUUGGCCUACUAGGACAGUUCUGUGCUUCACCGUGAGGUUUGCCUUUGUGGAAAACUGGUGACAGCGAGAAUAUAAACUCAAUGUGAAUCACGUGGUACUUCACAGGCGUGUGUUAUGGUGGAGUCAGCUGACAGUAUUUUGCUUUUUAACUCUAUUGUUGCCUUUCCAAGUGACCUCUCCUCUUCUUUUACAAAAAGAACACUUUCUGCUCGUAUCAUAACCAGGUCCAACCCAGCUUCUUGGCAUGAGGUUUACCCUGGUAACAACUCAUGUGCAACUGGUAGUCUUGACCACAUUCCAUCCGUUUCCCCAGGUUUCUAUGUUCAGUAGCCCAGACCUGUUUGGCAGUCAUUUCUAGGAGGGGCAGGGUCUCUUUAUUUCUCUCCACCCUAACUCAGACCUCACCCUCCUCCCACCAACCCCUGCCUCGCUUUUCUUCCUCUUCCCCCAACCUAACUUCUGCCAUGGGAACUGGUUAAAAACACUGCUCUAAAAACCAUCUUCCAGUUUCAUAGGGAUUUCUAGCAAGUUAUCUCAUUCAUAAUACACCAUGAACCGUGACUAGCUUCGUGCAGUUGUUCAUGUGAUGUGUGCGUGUCUUUUCCUAUUCGGAACUGUGUGCUUGUCAAAAUUAUUUCUGGGUUGAUUCAAAGGGAGGACUUGCUGGGGACCAGAAUCCAAACGGCCUCAAGUGGAAUUUUAAAACCCAGCCUGUCUCUUUUCCCUGGGAUCCGUCGGUCAACCCCACACCUUUUAAGAAAAAAAAAAGCAAGUGAACAGCAAGGAAGAGUAUUCGCACAGUACAGGGACAUUUGGUUGUUUUUAAGGCUCUUUUACAAAAAUAAGAGACCCUCCAACCACAGGCUGUUUAGGAGGAUGCCUGCUUGGGUCUCCAAAUGGCUGGGGUAGGAAUGGUUGUUGGGGCAGAGCCAGUGGAGAUGACCCUGAGACUAAUGAACAUCCCACCUAAAUCCAGUCCUCCCCUUGGAUCUGCCUUUGUCCUGCUUGUGUCUCCAGGCAACCUCUCUUCAAGUUGGUCAGGCUUUGGGCAGGUGAGUGCUUUGCUGUAUGUGUUUGUUUCUCUGUGUUAUCUGGGGGUGCCUUGAUUAAAACUGAACUUCAUUACAUACUGAUUCUGGAACAAAACUAUUAGAAAAAUUUCAAAAAAAAAAAAAAAAAAAAAAAAAAGCUGACAAAGUUACGAGGCCAUCCUGCUACUUCUCUUCUCAGUUCCCAGCAAUGACUCAGGCGUCAGAGGCGAUGCUGCAGUGGAAAACCUGACUCUGUGCGUCUGCAACUGUAUGUUGUGCGAGUAAUUUAUUAACUGUCUUUCUAAAGGUUUGCUGCUUUUGAGAUGCACUCUAAUUCAGGAUGUAAUCCUUAUAUUGCUUUUCCAAGGAAGUAAAAAAAAAAAAGGCUAGUGAUUAGUAUGACAACUGCCACUACUCCUUCAAAAGGAGCCAGGACCAGCGACAGGACUCAUAAGAGGACUGGCUAAAGUGAAGUGUGCACAGUGUGAAGUUUAAUGCUGUUGUCAAGAGGCCUAAACCCACAUUUUCUCUUUUAAUAUUUUAUGAUUGCCAUCAAAGAAGAAGAAAAAGAAGGAACAAAGGUUUGAAAAUGAUAAGCCUGUUAAGACACCAAAAAACUCCUGUCCCGUGAAGCUGCUUGACAUCCUGUGCAGUAGCAUAAUCCUCUCACAAUGAGGAAGAGCUGCCUGCAAAGCUUUCUCACGUCCCUAUUUGGCUACCUACUUCUCUACAUUAUGCCCCAUUUAAACUAGGAGCUGUUUUAGAAAUGACUUCAAACUGCUCCACUGUUGCUUACAGUUUAGGAGGAGUCUCAGAUCCAUAAAGGAGCAAGAAUCAAGUUUGGUCCUCAAAUGACUGUAAAUAGACUAAAGAACAAGGUGUUUUUUUGUUUUUGUUUUUGUUUUUAUUUUUUAAGAAUAAAGCUGUUCGUUGUACCAUGGGUUAGUGUUUCUUCCCCAGAUUGAACACUGUGUUGGAAGUUCGAUUUCUGGUGAGCCAGUCCACAGUACAAUGCCCUGUUGUGGAGUUGGUAUUCAUACAGGAAGUCUGUGUGCACGAGGCAUUGUGUGUUGAAAGUGUAUGUUGAUAGUACUGCCCGAGCCAUCUCAUGACCCCAGCAUCCAAAACCGAUGCUGUAGAACAGAACAUAUUUGUACACAAAUAGUGUGUGCAAAUAGCAUUUGUACAUAGAAAAGUCUUAUUGUGGCAGAUUGAGGAUAAAUUAUUCAACUGACGGUGCAAAAACAUUACUUGCAAAGAAAAGUAAGUUUAUAGUAUUUUCCUACACUCCACCCUGGGAGAUGAUAUUUCUAUCAAAUGAAUAUCAGUGCAUUUUAAAUGUAAUAUGAAAACGAUGCUGCCAUUUUGUGAAGAAUACCCACUUGGUUGCAGAGGCCAACUUUCAUAGCUUUGAUUUAAUGUUGUGACAUGGUGUAUGCAUAUCGCUGUCAAGCAAUGGAUAAACAGCUCUGACUUUCAUUCUCAUUCCAGUUUAUUGACCUCAGAUAAAACACUGGCCCUUCUUAGAAGCAGAAGUGCACCAAGACCAUUCAUUUCAGGUAGACUCACAUUCAGUGCCAAGCGCUCCCAUGGGAAUAAUCAGACGCAUAUGUUGCGAAAGAGUGAAGGGACUUGGACAAAGGGGUUUUCCUACAGAUGGAUGCUCAGUCUUCUACCAAAACAUGUUUGGAGGCAGAAGUGUGACCUCCCCUUAAGUCCCAACAAUGUAUUUUGUGUGUGCAAAUCCUGGGAUGCCUGUUCACGCUCUGACAUAAAGACAUGGCACCUCUAGUGAGUGAUCAGGAAGAUUCCAUAUGUGUUUGGGAGCUUCAGGUGCUUGUUAGACACAGUGAGCCAUUCAAGGCAAGCAGCACCUUUGCUAGUGAGGCCAAGAGGGCCUGUGACAAUUUGUUCCAGAACCAGUCUGAUGCAAGUGCACCUCUAAUAUAUGCCUUACAAACUCCAGAGGCCAUAUUCAAAACAGGGUCUUCUCAGUGUAUGCAAGGGGCCGCAGCCCCUCUUCUCUUCCUCCCCAGGUUGAACAAUACGGACAGUUUUCACACAUAUCUACCUGUAUAACCCUCUGUACCUCUCAUAACUGGUCAACGACUGUAACAGGUUACAUCAGGUGUUUUUCUACAUACUUUUUACACAGAUUCUAUGCGAUUAAUGUAACUUAAUUCAAUGCAUCAUUUUAUUGUACUAGUUCUUAGGCUUGUCCUUAUUUUUUUCUAAGUGAUUGUGGUUUUUCUUGUGGUUUUUAUUGUAAAAAUGAAAGGCUGUUGAUGCUUAUUCUCUGUAACUAAGAAUUUUUACCUUUUGGGGAAAAAAAGCAUUGCUAUGAAUUAAUGAAUUGAAACUUCAUUUACUCAUUGUAAAUACACUAUUGUGCAAAAAAAGUUUUCACUCAAUUGAAUUGCUAGUGUUAACUGAAUUUUGUCUAGACACCAUUUCUGUUGAUGAAAUAAAGACAUAUCAUUAUGCAUUGU